AUGCGGAAAGUUCACAAGGGAGGUAGUAACAAGUCGGGGUCUGCCUUGAAGCCCCCACUUGCCAGUGCAGGCAUGAGUCCGGCAAAGAUGCCGAAACGUAAAACAUUUGAUGGCAGGAAGCAGAGGGAGAAACAAAAAAUGAGAAUGAGGGAGAAGAGACAGCAGUCUCGGUAUCCAGACACUCCUCCCAAUGAGCUGGUUGUAGAGUCCAGUGUUUCUGUUGAACCAGUGGAUGGAGCAAUCUCUGCUCCCCCCAGUAAUUUUCUGGGGCAGGUUUCCAUGGGGUUUCCUAAUAGUAAAAAACCCCUGGCCAGAGUGCAGGCCUCUCUUCGCGAGAGAAUGCACUCACCUGCCUCGAGGUUGCCAUCUCCUCGAGGAAGUCGUCUGUUUGUCCGUGAACAGGACAAGGCACCGUCCCCUGACUCCCCAGCGUGGGUUUGUGCUCCACCGAGGGCACCUGGACUGGACACCGUGCACGUGUCUGGUCCAGCAGGUCAGGCGCAGCUGGAUACCUCCAGGGAGGAAGAGACCAGCAGUAUUCUAAAAGAUGAGGAAACCUUAACGAGAAACAAAACGGAUACUGAACGAAAAACAAAACGUAUUCUGAACGAACACAAGAUACUAGAAACUAUAUAUGAGAACCAGAACAAUGAUAUAUCAGAGGAAAUAUAUGAUGAGAUAUCAAAGAAUAUAUAUGAUGAGAUAUCAGAAAGUAUUAUAGAAAACCAGUGCAUUAAGAUAUCAGAGAAUAUGUAUGACAGCCAUAAUGAGAUAUCAAAGAAUCUUAAUGAGAAUGAAGAGAGUGAGGUUACAGAGAAUAUGAAUGAAAAACGUGUAACUGCCAUACAUGUGAAUCUGUAUGAGAAUCAACAGACAAGGACAAUGAAGGAUAUAAAUGGCAAAAUAGAAAAUGAGAAUGAUCUUGAAAAAAACAUAAAGAGAGAGAAAUAUAAUCAGAACCCAGUACUACGAAACAGAAAAUUAGCUGCAGCGGCUCUUAAAUAUAGAGAAGACAAGUAUUACCAAUCAUUUGUGAAGGAAAGAUACAAGGAAAAAUAUAGAUCUGAUACCAAAUGCAGAGAAAGAAGUAAGAAGUUGUAUGACAAAAAUCGAGAUGUUAAGAGAGAGAUAAGCACAGAGAAAUACAGAAGAAACACUUCGCAUAGAGAAGAUGUAAAACUGAGAAGCAAAGAGAAGUACAGAACAGAUCCUGUACACAAAGAGGAGAUGAAGAAAAGAAGUACAGUGAAAUAUCAAACUAAUGCAAAGCAUAGAGAAGAGAUGAAAAAGCGAAGUAUAAUUAAAUACCAAUCAGAUGAAAAACACAGAGAAGAGAUGAAAAAGAGAAGUAUAAUUAAAUACCAAUCAGAUGAAAAACACAGAGAAAAUGUUAAGAUUAGGAGUAAGCAGAUCUACAAUAGUGAUGAAGCUCACAAAAAGCGUGUAAAUUCUGCAAGUAUUCGGAGAUACAAUACUGAUGAAUCAUACAGGAAAAGAAAUCUUAGGAAAAGGUCAAUGAAGUAUGAAACAGAUGAUGGCUUCAGAACAAGAGCUAAAGUCUAUAGUAAAGAAAUGUAUGCAUCAAGUUCUAAUGUCAGAUUAAAGAAAAAAGAUGCAUUAAUACAGCAAAGAAGAGCAAAAAGACAAAAACUAGAUAACGAAGAGGAAGUAGCAGCCUUGUUUAGGUGUAAAGUAAAGGAAGGCAUUAAUUACAUAUGUUGUUGUUGUAAUCGGCUCUUGUUUGAAAAUCAAGUCCAAAGAUGCAAUCCCCCAUCUUAUGAAAAGAACACAGAAGGAGCAUCAGCAGCUGAAGUCUGCAUACAGACAAAAUAUUUGCAUCAGUGUUCAGAAUUUUGCCUUCCGAACUGUACAAGAUCAUCAUUGUGGAUUUGCUUUACCUGUCAUAGGAAGAUUCUAAAAGGAAAAAUUCCAGCAGAGGCGACCGUGAACAAUUUGAUUUUGGAAGAUAUUCCGAAGGAACUUUCCGACUUGAAUAGCCUCGAAAGACACCUAAUUGCAUUACAAAUACCUUUUAUGAAGGUAAUGGGGCUUCCUCAUGGUGGUCAGAAGAAUGUUCAUGGACCGGUUGUUUGUGUGCCAUCAGACAUGAAAAAGGUAGCAAAUCUACCGCUGAAGGAAGAUGAAAAUUUGUUGUUGCGUGUAAAAUUGAAAAGGAAAUUAAAUUACAAAGGAUAUUUUGAAUAUCAGUUUGUAGACCCAAAGCACGUUUUUGCUGCCUUAGAUUACUUGAAACAGAAUAACAAAUGGUAUGCAAGUGUUACAAUAGACAAGAAUUGGAAAGAAAAUGAUUUUGGUGAAGAAGUUACAGAAGUAACUGAUGAAGUACAAUUAGAUGAUGUAGAACACCAAGAAUUAGCUACUGACACCUGUUUACAGCCACUGGAUAUUGCACAGGAAGUUUUAGAUCAUUUCUUUGAUGACAUAUACAGUAUUGCACCUGGAGAAGGUAAGAAUCCUGUUCGCUUGUUGCAAGAACCAGGAAAUGAAGCUAAAUCCUUUCCAUACCUUUUUCCUAGCGGAAAGUUCUCAUGGAAUGACGAUAGGCCGGAAAGGAUAACGUUAUCUAGAUAUUUCAACAACCGGUUAAUGAAUGCAGAUAACCGAUUUGCUAAAGAUACAAGUUACAUUUUUUUCAGCCAGUAUUUGUCAGAACUGAAUCAAGUAAUAGAGAAAACUCAAAUCUCAAUUCGAAAAUCUGUCACAAAGAUUGGGAGUGAUAAAUUAGUUACACCAGACAUGUUACAAGAUCCGGAGACCCUUUCAAAGCUGUUGAGAAAUGACGAGGCAUUACGCUUUAUGCAGCCUAUUCGUGGAACACCGGCAUAUUGGUCUGCAGCCCAAAAAGAUCUCUUUGCAAUGCUGCGGCAGUUGGGAAUACCUACAUGGUUUUGUUCGUUCUCUGCUGCUGAACAUAGAUGGAAUGAUUCUAUUAGAACAAUUUUACAACAACAGAAUGAUCACAGAGAUCCAGAUUUGUUAGAUUGGUCUGAAAAAAACGAAGUACUAAAAAGUAAUCCAGUUACUGUUGCAAGGAUGUUUGAACAGAGAUUCCACGUGUUUCAGAAAGAUGUCAUUUUAUCGCCAUCGGAACCAAUUGGAAAAGUUAUAGACUUUUUUCAGAGAGUUGAGUUUCAACAAAGAGGAUCGCCUCACAUGCACUGCUUAUACUGGGUUGAAAACUCUCCUAAAAUUGAUCAAGAUGGCGAGGAAGCAGUGUGUAAUUUCGUCGAUAAAUAUGUAUCUUGCGCAGUUCCUUUGGAGGAGGAAGAUGCUGAGCUAAGAAGCAUUGUGCUGGCUGUUCAACAACACAGUAAAAAACACUCCAAGUCAUGCAGAAAGAAGGGCUCAGAGUGCAGGUUUAAUUUUCCUAGACCGCCUUCUGUACGCACAUUCAUCACUUCACCUGAAACUGAUGAAAUAGAUCAAAAUAUUGAAACAGAAACAAAAAAUGAGACAGAGAAAAGGGUUGCUAAAGAUAUGCUAAUGCGUGUCUGGGAUGAAAUGCAACUAGACAGCAAUUCAUCAAGCACAGUUGGCGAAAUCUUCAAUGCAUUGGGAUUGACGCAAGAACAAUAUGAAACAGCAUAUAACAUUAUUACAAAAAAGAAGGCAAUUGUUCUGCAAAGAGAACCGUGUGAGCUCUGGACCAACCAGUACAACCCAUGUCUAUUAAGGUGCUGGGAUGCAAACAUGGACAUUCAAUUUGUUUUAGAUCCAUUUAGCUGCAUUGUUUAUAUCAUUUCUUAUAUCUCAAAAUCUGAAAGAGAAAUGGGGAUGUUGCUGAAACAAACAAAGAUAGAGGCCGAGGAAGGGAACUGUGAAGCACGCCAAACAUUGAAAAAAAUUGGGUCUGCCUACUUAAAACAUCGGGAAGUGAGUGCACAAGAAGCUGUUUAUCGUGUCUGUAAUUUGAAAAUGAAAGAGUGUUCGAGGAAGGUUGUUUUUAUACCAGUGGGAGAAAACCCAACCCGUUUAACCAAACCACUUUCUCAGAUAAAACGAGCCACACAUAAGGAGAGAGAAGAAGCCAAUGACGAUGGAAAUGAGGAAGAGGAUUUAUGGAUGAUAAAUAUUGUUGAAAGGUAUGAAAAUCGACCAAACAAGAUAAUGUUUCACGAAAUGUGUUUGGCUCAAUUCUGUUCAGAAUACCGCGUUCUUGCAAAGUCUCAGGUUCCAAAGACUCCAAAUGAAAAUGUAUUUGAAUUGCAAAAUUCAAAGGGAUUUGUACAAAAGAGAACCAGAACAAAACCAGCUGUAAUUAGAUACCCACGGUUUAGUGUUGACAAAAUGUCUGAAAAAUAUUAUCAGUGUCUCCUACAGCUCUUCCUGCCUCACGAGAGAACAACUCAAUUAAAACCAACAGGUUUUGAUCUCUAUCAGACAUUUUAUGAGAAUGGCCAUGUUAAAGUGAGAAAUGAUAAGACAUUACAAGCAGUCAAGAUAUUGGUCGAUACAAAUCAUGCAAAAUUUGCAGAAAAUGAAGAAAUGAUAGCGGACGCACAAGAAACAUUUGAGACUAUCGGAGAACCGCAGGAUGCAUGGGCAAGUUUAUGUCCAGAAACUGAAUUGAUACGAAAGGAAUGUAUUGAAGAAAGAAGUACACUGAAUGUGUUGGAUGAUCAUGUCGAUGAAAUACCGGAGAUGGAGACCGAGGCAAACUCAGCUGAUGUCAUGUUCAAAGUCCAACAAAAUAACCAAUCCAGAGAAGAAGCCUUGCAGAUAAUCCAAAACCUAAAUGAGACACAGAGAAACAUCUUUUAUUAUAUAAGAGACUGGUGUAUAGAAAAAUCAACAGGACAAAACCCAGACCCCUUUCACAUAUUUAUAACAGGUGGUGCAGCUCGAUUUGCGUUUUACAGAAGCAGAUAUAAUCUGUUUGACAGAGACUUGGUUGAGACCAAAUGA